UGCGUCUUUAAGAAAUUGGUUAACACCCCCUUGAAGAAGACAUUGUUGUGUGGGUGUGAUAGCUGCAGCUUGAAACAUUACACAGAGCUUAAAGGACUUCAGAAGGGGAUGAGACGAGGAGGCUGUGACGCCCAAGCUUUUUCCUGUCUUUGUUUUGUGAAGAUAUCCAGAGAAACAGUAUGUCAGGCUGGGGUCGUUUCUGCGAACAGGCUGUUCUGCAGAACGGGCUGGUUCUGAUCCUGACUGUGCUGGUUGUCAACGUAGCAGGUCAAUGCAGUAAUCCUCCAAGUGUACAGAAUGCUGUUCUAAAUGACCAGUCUCAAUUAUUAAAUGAUUUCCCAGAGGGAACUGCUGUUACGUAUGAAUGUAACCCAGGAUAUAGAAGAGCGAGUGGAUCUCCAUCAAUCUCCUGCAGUAACGGCCAGUGGAGUCAACCGACAUUAACAUGUGAAAAAAAGUCCUGUGGUUCUCCUGGAGAGAUACUGAAUGGAAGAUAUGAUCUGUCUGAAGGUAUCCUGUUCGGUGCCAAAGCUAGAGUCAUCUGUGAUGAAGGGUACCAGUUGGUGGGCAGAGAAAGACUUUGCUUCGCUGAUGGCUGGAGUUCGGACGUUCCUCUUUGUGAGGUUGUUUCAUGCCCUGAUGUAUCCAUUACAAAUGGCAAAAAAGUAUCAGGAUGACUGCCACCCUAUGGAUACAAAAGUUUUAUUACCUUUGAAUGUGAUUCUGGCCACAAAGUGAAUGGCACCUUGACCAUUACCUGUGGAGUCAAUGGCUGGUCCUCUGAACCUCCAACAUGUUACAGAGCUACCCAGGAAAGUUACCUGGAGGUCCUGCUGAAGAUGAUAAAAGAGGAGUUGGCAAAGGAAAAA